AUGGAAAACAUAUACUGCCCAAGAACGGAGAAAGUCGUGUCCGUGUGGGACGCGUUGGCCGAGUUUCAGCAGGAACUGGUUCCGGACCGAUUGAAUAAGAUCGUUGAUUCCGAUCACGAUAUCAUGGAAGCGAUGGGUCUCGGGGGAAACAAUGCCGAAUUCGAUAAGCUGCUCGGGUCGGUCGAUGUUGGCCAUCUGUCCAGUGCGAAGGAUAUACCGGUGAGACCGUUUCAUCCGCAUCGUCUCACCGUCAGACCAAAGAUGGGAGAGAUGCCAAGCAAGGCAGCACGAUUCAACUGUGUGCAACGGGUAUUCGAACGUCGGAAUGCGAAGGAUCAACGAAAUAUAGACGUAAAGCUACGGUACAAUCGUCACAAAUACAUGGAACGGAAGCAGGAUCUGCAACUCGUCAAGGAUUUGGUUCCGUUUCACGAAAUGUUACUGGUACUGCGCUUUUAUGAGCCCUUCAAAUACAAAGCUGGACGACGGUUAGGGCACCCAAAGUUCAACCAAGAGUAUUACGUACUUAGCUCGCAGUACCUUACCGAACUGAAGGAUGCAAUAUUUUGCCAUUGCGAUUCGGGACCGUACUACGAAAUCAGUGAAAACAGAACGAGGGAAACAACCGAAUCGCUUCCGAAACCAGGGUUCUUUUUCAUCCAUGAUACGUUCUACAAUGACUUCAGGGAUGAGGCGAAUCAUGACUAUUCCGCAGAAAUACGGAAAUGGGCCGCGCGCCAAUCCCUAAUCGGAGAGCUAAAAUCGAAACGAAUGGAAGAAACACGCUUUGGAGAUUUAAAAUUUCGUCUUGGGUACCCUCAGCUGUACCAACAUCAGGGAAACUGCGAACAUUUAUUCGUGGUAAGUGAUUGUCGACUGUUGGCAACUUCGGAUAUUCUAACGAGGGCACGUUACCCGUGGCUUAACUCAUACGGUUUGGGUCGUGAUGUUCCAUGCAACAUAUGCGGCCAUUGUCAGGCACAAUACAUAGUACAAAACAGUAAUCGGCACAUAUUCGAUCCAGCCUACAUCUGUGAGAAUUGCCUUGAUACGUACCAUUACGAGGACGGACAAAAGAUAGGGGAGUUCGAUCUGUUUAAAUUUUCGCUCAUGAUGGUUCGUGCCAAUGAGGAUGAGCAAGCAUCAACAUCGCAAUAA